GGUUGCAGAGCAGUGCGGUUGAACAAGUACACGCCCUCCCUCGAACGAGUUGACCGGUCCAUUUCGAUGAAGGAACCUUUGAAUAAUUCCUCGUACACAAAUCGCAUUCGCUCCUGGGUAAACCCCAAGACGCAUGGAGCUCCAGGCCCCGUCAGCUUGCUUCCCAUAAGCAAUUCUCCUCCCAUCACCACCACUACCACAACCGACACCACUCCCACAGUCGGCCAGAAUGCCACGCUCAACGACAGCAGCCGCGGCGGGAAUGUGCCCUCCGCGCACGAACAGCCCCAGACCUCCACAGACUCUUCAUCAACCGGCGGCCAUCACAAGGAGGAUAGCAGUAAUGGCGCCAAAUCCCCGACGGCUGCAUCACACCAAGCUGCGGGGCAGGGGCCUGAGUUAGAAACUACCGUCUCUGCUGCCGCUCAGGAACAAGAGCAGAAGCAGAAGCCGAACGUCGCAGUUAGAUUUGGGAAGGUCCUCAAGCAGGUCUUGUUUCACAACAAGCUCGUGAACUUGAUGUUGGUCUUUGUCCCUGUUGGCAUUGUUGUCAGCCAGCUACCAGGCUCUUCGCCCGGUCUCAUCUUCGCCAUGAAUGCCCUUGCCAUCGUUCCUCUUGCCGGCCUCCUCAGUUAUGCCACCGAAAGCGUGGCCCGUAAGCUUGGAGACUCGCUCGGCGCCUUGUUGAAUGUCACGUUCGGCAACGCUGUAGAGCUGAUCAUUUUCAGCAUCGCCCUCGUCAAAGACGAGCUCAGCAUCGUACAGGCUUCGCUCCUUGGCUCAAUCUUGGCCAACCUGCUCCUCAUCCUGGGCAUGUCGUUCUUGCUUGGCGGUCUUCGUUUCCGUGAACAGAUUUACAACAGCACCGUCACCCAAAUGAGUGCUUGUCUUCUCAGUUUGAGUACUGCCUUUCAUUAUUCUUUUACGGACGUGAAUGACGCCGACAAGAAGACUUUGAAGAUCAGCCGCGGCACCAGUGUUCUCUUGUCUCACUCUUACCUUUACGAAUCCACCCCUCAGCAUAUUAUUGAUGAGGAGUCUACUCCGGGACCCGCCGCCGGCUGGCUCGAUUCCUCAAGCUCUGGCAGCGACUCUUCGACAGAUUCGGACUCGUCGGACUCGGACUAUUCCCGCGAGACAGUCUCCAAGAGAAUGAAACGUGUAAUGCGUGGUGGUCACCGCAGGAGAAAGUCAAGCAUCAUUUCCAACCUUACGAGCGAGAGCGUCGUUGCAGGUCAAGAAAGGACCCCUUCGUUCGGCACCAGUGAUGCUGUCCCUGGCUACGAUGAAGCCACACAAGAGGCAUCGUCAUCGCGACCCGCACUGGCCGUUAAUUUGCGUAGUCCUACAACUGAAGGAAACGAGGAGGCUGUUGAAGACGAGAAGCAUCACCGCAGGCGGCACCGGUAUAAGCGACACAUGAAGAAGCAUCGCAAGCACAAGCACAAGAAGCAUCACCACAACGGAUCUCAGGAGUGCAUGAAUGGACAAACCAUCGAUGAAAACGCCGAGAUUCAGCCGGAUGUUGCGCCAACACUGUUAUCGCCUGGCGAGCCCCGUUGUGUCGACUUUGCCGUGGAACCUGCUAGCUCUGCCGAUAACGCUCAGGCUGAGACGUCAGCUGGCCGCCGCCCUUUCCCCGGUCUUCGCGGCAUGUCCCUUCGUCCUGUUGCCAGGAACUUGGCGCCGGCUGUGUUUGUCACUGGCCCUGAUUCCGUCAACUCUCCACCGGCCUCUUCCGGCCCUGUUCCGCGCGUCCGUUACGGCAUUCGCAGGACGAACUCGCUGCCGGACCGCCUCAGCCAAUCACUGUACCGUCCUCAGGGUGCCUUGAUGCCUUCGCAGAUUCCAAUGUCCGCUGUUGUUGACGGCGCUAUCCCCGAUAAAGACGGCGAUCAUCCCGACGACUUGUCCCGCGUCAGCGCUAUCAUCCUCUUGCUCGUAUCUACCGUCUUGGUAGCCGUCUGCGCCGAGUUCAUGGUUGACUCGAUUCACGACCUGGUCGAGACUGCCAAGGUUCCAGAGCUCUUCAUUGGCUUGAUUAUCCUUCCCAUCGUCGGCAACGCCGCUGAACAUGUCACGGCUAUUACCGUUGCCAUGAAGAAUAAGAUGGAUCUGGCGAUCGGCGUCGCUGUGGGUAGUUCUAUCCAAAUCGCCCUCUUCAUCACGCCGCUUGUCGUCAUUAUUGGUUGGUGCAUGGACAAAGACAUGACGCUCUACUUCACGCUGUUCGAGACGGUCUGUCUGUUCGUCUCAGCUUUUAUCGUCAAUUUCUUGGUGUUGGAUGGCAGGAGUAACUACUUGGAGGGAGCGCUGUUGUGUGCGACAUACGUCAUCAUAGCCUUGGUGUCAUUUUACUCCCCUAACCCGACCGAGCCGGGCCAGAGUGCUUAGAGAGACGCCACAGGGACGGUCAAUGUCACAGAGGACGAAGGAUAUGGUUGAUUCAUAAGGAAUAUGCGGAAGCUAUGAGGGAGGACAUUUUAUACCUUUUCUUUCUACAUGCCAGCACACCGGAUCACGGGAUGUAGCUGAGCUGUUUAUGUACUUGCUGCUUCAAUGUGCAUCAGUUACUGGGCUGGCACGGUUGGUUGGAUUCUGGUCUGUGGCAGCAGUUUGGGGAACGAUUACCGGUACGGGUACGGCUCUGACGAAAUGGGACUGGCCCGAUGUUAAUGAUGGCUGCUGGACACCAAGCGGUAGAAUAUCAUGCGAUAAUGGAAUCACGAAUUGACCUGGGAGCGAAUUGUGCUGCA